CAGCAACCCUGGGAGACAGCCUUAGUCUUUCCUUCCUAACAUAAGCUUAGAGGAUGCUAAGCCUCCUUUGUUCCAAGAGUUUGAAAGACCGAAAGCACCAUCAUGAACCUGGAGCCACCCAAGCCUGAUAUCAGAUCAGCCACCAGAGUGGUUGGAGGACCAGUUACCCCUAGGAAAGGACCACCCAAAUUCAAGCAGCGGCAAACCCGUCAGUUCAAGAGCAAGCCCCCGAAGAAAGGUGUACAAGGUUUCGGUGAUGACAUUCCUGGAAUGGAGGGCUUGGGAACAGACAUCACUGUCAUCUGUCCCUGGGAAGCCUUCAACCACUUGGAGCUGCAUGAGUUGGCCCAGUAUGGCAUCAUUUAGCUGACCCUUCCAACUACACGACUAUGAAGACAGCCUCACCUUCGCAGUCUUAUUUAUUCUUGCUCCCCUAUCCCAGAAUUUUCCAUGUGACAACCCCACUUUGCUGUUCUUUUCCUGAAGUUCCAUUCAGAAAUCAGGUCCAGGGAAGAAUCCCUCCUCCUAAGGUUGCUUGAUCUCUGUGUCAAUAUCAGGAGGACUGAGCCUUUACUGUAGGACUAAUUCAGGGCUUCCAGAGACCUAGGCACCAGGUCGAUCUUUAGGUUAAAGCCACAUUUUAUUCAGCCACCUCAUCUCCUUCCCCUUUACUGACUUGUUUAGCUAUUGUCCUAGGGUUCUGCUUGGUGUAGGAGGGGGCAGCAGUAAAUACUGGCCCUGUACCCCAAGUGACCUAUGAGUGUAUUUUUCCUCCUGGAAGGAAUCUGCUUACCUUUCAGGGAACUUCCCUUGGAGAAGCAGACGUGUCUCCUUCCCGUGGCAAGAACGGACUUGGCAUGUGGGUUGAAUUGAUUGAGCUUUAUACUCAGUAAUUCUCUUAGAGUUCUUGGGGAGAAUACAUUCUGGAAAUCCAGAGCUUAUUGUAUUCCUUUCUUGGGCAUUGGGAACUGGGAACCUAAGACUGAAUGGUAAUAUAAUUUAAUUAAGGAGGGCAUUACCCCACUGGCAGGGAUAGAAUCAGCUGAUACAGCCACAGUAACCCGCUCCACUAUGUGUAUUGUCCCCUCCAUUAAAAUGUAAUCUCUUUGAGGGAGAGAACUGUCUUUGCUUUCGUAUUUGUAUACCCAGCACUUAAAACACUGCUUGGCAUAGAACAAACAAUCAAUAAAUGUUUUUGUCAUUCAUUUUCUCUAAAUAAUUUUGGUAUCCUUUAGGGUACAGGCUUUUAGUGUCCUGAUCCCUCUAGGCAAAGGAAAGGAGGAGGUAUUAAUUGGCCCAGAGGGAAACUGAGGUAUUAACCUCUUCUUCCACUUCAUUGUGAGUUAUUUGCCCCUUGGAUCAGA